AUGGGGUUACUGUUCUUGUUGUGGACGGUUGUUCUGAUCAUCCUCGGAAAAGCUCUUUCUCAAUCUGAUGUAUACAUAGAUUGCGGAUCACAAAUUAGCUACGAUGAUUGGGAUGAUGAUGAGGGAUACACCGAAACAGGUGAGAACAAAGCCGUCCAACUUGACAGCUCCCCCAAUUCGACCCAACUCAAAACGCUUCGAAUCUUCCCAAAGCAUAAGAGGAAUUGCUACGCACUGCCCGCAGAGGCUUCUUCUCUUUCAGAAUUUACAUAUUUGAUCAGAGCGUCCUUUUACUACGGAAAUUAUGAUGGCCACUCGCACCCACCUACUUUCGAGUUGGAGGUGGAGGGGAUGAAAUGGGCUACCAUCGUGACCUCCAACACCAAACCGCAGUUCUACGAACUGCUCUACUAUUCCAAAAAGGAGAACAUCAGCGUUUGCUUGGUCCAGACAAAGCACAAGCAGUUCCCCUUCAUCAAUGCCUUGGAGUUGCGGUCGCUGACGAAUCUGUUGUCCUUUCCCCACGAUUUUGUAGACGAGGAAAACACUACUUGGCUCACAAGUUACCGCUACAGUUAUGGCGCAGAUGAAAAUAAAUGGAUUCUUGGGUAUCCUGACGAUAAGGAUGACAGAAUAUGGGAACCAAAUACUCCAGCCGGAUUGAAAGCGGUGACCCUCCCUUCCUUUACUUCCUGCGGGGAUGAGAGACUGCCCUACUCCGUUCUUCGCCAAGCAGUUGAAGCGCCGAACCCAACAGACACGAUCGACUUGCCCUUCGCAUUUAACGGGAUCCACGAUCUCCAACACUAUGUGAGGGCCUAUUUCUCCAGUAAUAUCGACGAAUCCGAGACAAGGACAUUCAGUUUUUACAUCAAUGAUGACUACAUAUCCACCAUUACUAUAGGGUACUACAACUGUAAUAGCACACAGGCGUAUGUACGCUCGAAUGGCACUUUGAAUGUCCAGUUGCGACCGAAUGGUAACUCGGCAUUGUCGCCAUUCAUCAGUGGCAUCGAGAUUUACACGGCCUUACCGGCUUUACCGGCCGAAGCAACAGAGGAGGAGAAGAAGAAGAAGAAGAAGAAUCUGGGCUUGCUCAUUGGGCUUCCUGUUGGACUGAUCUUGGGCCUCAUUCUACUACCGGGCUUGAUUAUCCUUUUACUUAUACUACGCAGGCCCAAGACAAGGCCCACACAAGGACAGGCCGCGACCACUGGUCCACAUGAAGAAGCAAAUCCUCAGCAAAGUGUAAGUUCACAGGCUCCUGUCGUGCCCUCACAAAAUGGAGAAAUCCUAGUGAGCAGUAACGGUAAUGGUGAUCACACAUUGGUGAACCAUGGGGGUUGA